ACAGCCCCGACCCUUGCUACGCUUUGCGUCGCUCUGCCAGGAGCAGUCACCUCCUCCUUGGCAAAUAGUCCUCGGCAGGGUCCGAGUUUUCUUGGAGAACAGGAGAGGGGAGGCACGAGAAGUUGCGGUCAGAGGACGCGGAAUCGACAAGGAGAGGAAGCUAGGGACCGAGGUUUUGGCGAUAGUGUGCGAACUUAGUUAAAAAACUCCCUUCCUCCUAAGGAUCCCUCCGCCUGCAGUAGCGGUGGUGUGGCCGAGGGAGCCGCCAUUUUGGAUGUUCGGUUCCUGCUGCCACUGCCGCCGCCGCCCCCGGAGCUGCUGGUUUCAUUCGAGGUUUCGGGCCGAGGAUGCCAGCCCCCAUCAGAUUGCGGGAGCUGAUCCGGACCAUCCGGACUGCUCGGACCCAAGCUGAAGAACGAGAAAUGAUCCAGAAAGAAUGUGCUGCAAUCCGGUCAUCUUUCAGAGAAGAAGACAAUACAUACCGGUGUCGGAAUGUGGCAAAAUUACUAUAUAUGCACAUGCUGGGCUAUCCUGCUCACUUUGGACAGUUGGAGUGCCUCAAGCUUAUUGCCUCUCAAAAAUUCACAGACAAACGCAUUGGCUACUUAGGGGCAAUGCUGUUAUUAGAUGAAAGACAAGAUGUCCAUCUUCUCAUGACCAACUGUAUCAAAAAUGAUCUUAAUCAUAGCACGCAGUAUGUACAGGGGCUAGCACUUUGUACCCUCGGCUGUAUGGGCUCCUCAGAAAUGUGCAGAGAUCUUGCAGGAGAGGUAGAGAAACUCCUGAAAACCUCCAACUCUUACUUAAGAAAAAAGGCAGCACUGUGUGCUGUUCAUGUCAUCAGGAAGGUUCCUGAACUUAUGGAGAUGUUUUUACCAGCAACAAAAAACUUAUUGAAUGAAAAGAACCAUGGUGUCCUUCACACAUCUGUAGUCCUCCUCACAGAAAUGUGUGAGCGAAGCCCAGACAUGCUUGCACAUUUCAGAAAGCUUGUGCCCCAAUUAGUUCGUAUUCUAAAGAACCUCAUCAUGUCCGGAUAUUCACCAGAACAUGAUGUUUCUGGUAUCAGUGACCCCUUUUUGCAGGUACGAAUUUUACGGUUAUUAAGAAUUUUAGGACGAAAUGAUGAUGACUCAAGUGAAGCUAUGAAUGAUAUAUUAGCACAGGUUGCCACUAAUACAGAAACUAGUAAAAAUGUAGGAAAUGCUAUUCUUUAUGAAACAGUUUUGACUAUCAUGGAUAUUAAGUCAGAGAGUGGACUGCGAGUCCUAGCCAUAAAUAUCCUGGGUCGUUUCUUAUUGAACAAUGACAAGAAUAUUAGAUAUGUAGCUCUGACAUCUUUGUUGAAGACUGUGCAGACAGAUCAUAAUGCAGUGCAGAGGCACAGAAGCACCAUUGUGGACUGUCUGAAAGAUUUGGAUGUCUCAAUAAAACGGCGUGCAAUGGAAUUGAGUUUUGCCCUGGUAAAUGGGAAUAAUAUCCGAGGCAUGAUGAAGGAAUUACUUUAUUUUCUGGAUUCCUGUGAGCCCGAAUUUAAAGCGGACUGUGCAUCUGGAAUCUUUCUUGCUGCAGAAAAGUAUGCACCUUCCAAACGGUGGCAUAUAGACACAAUUAUGCGUGUUCUGACAACGGCAGGAAGCUAUGUUCGUGAUGAUGCAGUCCCCAACUUGAUCCAGUUAAUAACCAACAGUGUGGAGAUGCAUGCCUAUACUGUCCAGCGCUUAUACAAAGCAAUUCUUGGUGAUUAUUCUCAACAACCUUUGGUACAAGUAGCUGCAUGGUGUAUAGGUGAAUAUGGAGAUCUUCUCAUAUCUGGCCAAUGUGAAGAGGAAGAGCCUAUUCAGGUAACAGAAGAUGAAGUGUUGGAUAUUUUAGAAAGUGUCUUAAUCUCUAAUAUGUCUGCCUCUGUGACACGAGGUUAUGCCCUCACUGCCAUUAUGAAGCUUUCUACUCGAUUCACCUGUACUGUAAACCGAAUAAAGAAAGUGGUUUCCAUCUAUGGAAGCAGCAUUGAUGUGGAACUCCAGCAGAGGGCAGUAGAAUAUAAUGCACUUUUUAAGAAAUACGACCAUAUGAGGUCUGCCUUGCUUGAGAGAAUGCCUGUCAUGGAAAAAGUGACCACAAACGGUCCUACGGAGAUUGUGCAGACAAAUGGAGAGACAGAACCAGCUCCGCUAGAGACCAAACCACCACCCUCUGGGCCACAGCCUAGCAGCCAGGCCAAUGAUUUAUUGGAUUUGUUGGGAGGAAAUGACAUAACACCUGUUAUUCCAACUGUACCUACAAACAAACCAGCUUCUGCUGGUGGAGAGCUUCUUGAUUUGCUGGGAGACAUCAACCUUACAGGUGCUCCAACUGCUGCUCCUGCCCCUGCCUCAGCCCCACAGAUAUCCCAGCCCCCUUUCUUGUUGGAUGGGCUUUCAUCACAACCUCUCUUCAAUGACAUCACUACAGGCAUCCCCUCCAUCACAGCAUACAGUAAGAAUGGCUUGAAGAUAGAAUUCACCUUUGAACGGUCAAACACCAACCCCAGUGUCACGGUGAUAACGAUACAGGCCUCUAACAGCACAGAGCUGGACAUGACGGACUUUGUUUUCCAGGCUGCAGUACCAAAGACAUUCCAGCUGCAGCUUCUGUCUCCUAGCAGCAGCGUUGUCCCAGCAUUUAAUACGGGGACCAUCACACAAGUCAUUAAAGUUCUGAACCCACAGAAGCAACAGCUGCGAAUGCGGAUCAAGCUCACAUAUAAUCACAAGGGCUCAGCAAUGCAAGAUCUAGCAGAAGUGAACAACUUUCCCCCUCAGUCCUGGCAAUGAGGGUCUGGCACCAUUCUUAUUCUUACCCCACUCAAUCAAAGGAACUCUGGGAAGGAGGUUGUGAUUGCUGGCAAGUCCCCCCCAACUGUACCAUGGGCACGAGGAGCUGAAGAGAACUGUUGAGGAGGAUUUUCCUAAAGUAAUUGCUGACCUUGAAGCAUUGUUAAAGACUAAUCUCCUCUCCUCCACCGUUGAGGCCGGCUGCUUCUGGAGGCUAGUUUGCACUCUUCCUCCUCUUCCCUUUUUCUGCACUUCUCUACCCCUCCCACAUUAACAGCCAGAAUCAACAUUCCCUGGGCCCCUGAGGAAAAGCAGCUGGUCUGGAGGAGAGGACUGGAAUCCAUGGCAAGAAAACACUCACACUGUCUCUGCAGCAGAGUUGCCCCUUCUUUAUACUGUGUUUCUCUGUGGACUGGGCGAGGUGGGGUAUUUAUUCCUCACUAGCUGGGUCACCAUCAUCAGGCGCUUUUUACAUCUGGCAUUCAGAAUGGAAAUGUAACCAUGGACAUUAGGGAGACCUGCCUUUUCUACUGGUUCCCCCAAUGUUUGAAAGGCAAUAGGCUCCUGGUAGCCUUUUCUGUGCUUUGCUGUAUUCACACAGACACACACAUGUAUGUAUGCUUGUUACCAAGAACUGGUCAGACUUUGAAAGGUUAUUUGUAAACACUGGACAGAUGCAGUUAAAAAGAGCUUUUGUUGAGAUUUGGCAUGAAGGAUAUGGUGCUCUAUUUGUAAUAGAAACUUCCAAGGCUCUUCCAGUUCCCCUUCCUUUCCCUUCUUGAGCUGUAGUGAUGAAUACUCUCCAUGAUUUUCAAAAUUGACUCCCCUUAAAGUGUAAGGUGGACAACUUCUAAAAGAUAUUCUAUAUAAGUAGUUAUUAAUACCCCUAUUCCCACCACAAAUUUUAAAGUUUCUCUUAAGCCUAUAACUUGCCUGAUGAACUAUGGUAAAUGGGUGGAAAGAGGAAUUUACCACUUUUAAAGAUUAGACUCUCUAACAAAAGCACCUUUGCCCAUAGGAAGAGUUGAGUAUCAGACUCAUCCUAGAGCAUAUUGGAGUCAUCCUCCAUUACUCCAAACGUCCCUUUUUAUUU